GCGGGGGAAUGCAGAAGUCCAGCAGCCUCCGCCGCUGAAUAAGAAAAAGAGGGAUGAAAAUAAAUCCCCGGUUAACUCUGAGGAAGGACCUGGCUUCUCCAGGCAGAGGGAAGGUCUCUGUGCUCUGCCGUGCCUGGAGCGUUUGCUGUGGAGCCGCGCUUCCCAGGGAGAAGAGCUCUGGAGUCAGUGCGGCUCGUAUCCAGGUGAUGUCCCAUGCAUGCCAAAACUAGGAUGGUGCCUGGAGCUGUGGCCUGGAGAGAUUCAGUGGGGUAAGCCGGCUUUCAAACUACACUGCUCAGAAGAAUUGUUUUUCUCAGCUCUGUCGAGGCCUCUGAGCUCCUUGCUGCAAGGAAGAGGACAGGGCCACCCUGAGCCAUGUCCAACGACCCUCCGCCACCCUACCCGGGAGGCCCCUCGGCACCGCUGAUAGAAGAGAAGCAUGGCCCACCGCCCGCGGCAGAUGGCGUUGCCCCUGUGGUGGGACAGCCCCAGGGGGUUCCCAUCCCCCCUCCUGAAUUUGGGCCCCCCCCAUAUGAGCCACCCUCGCAGCCAGGGUUUGUGCCCCCCCACAUGCCCACAGACAGCUCUGGGCCCUACGUGCCGCCUGGUGAGUUAUUACCCCCCCCAGGCCCUCACCCCCCCAUGGGCUACUACCCUGCUCCAGGCCACUACCCCUCUCCUGGCGGCCACACGGCAACGGUGCUCGUCCCGUCGGGGGCUGCCACCACAGUGACGGUGCUGCAGGGAGAGAUCUUCCAGGGUGCCCCCGUGCAGACGGUGUGUCCCCACUGCCAGCAAGCCAUCACCACCAAGAUCACCUACGAGAUUGGGCUCAUGAGCUUCCUUCUUGGCUUCUUCUGCUGCUUUGUGGGGUGUGAUCUCUGCUGCUGCCUGAUCCCCUGCCUGUUCGAUGACUUCAAGGAUGUGACACACACGUGUCCCAACUGCAAGGCCUAUAUCUACACGUACAAGCGCAUGUGCUAACAGCACCCGGGAGCCCGAGCCGCUGGAAUGACACCGGCCCCCUCUCCCGCUGCCGUCCUAGUCUAUGCGUGUGCAACACUCCUUUGCUUAACCCUCCGGUGGUGUGUAUGGCGUGUAUCCCCGGCUCCCUCCCGCUCAGAGCUGCGCCCACCUUCCCCAAGCUCCGGUCCUCGCUGUGAACGAUUGGAUUGGUGACGCUGGCGCAGGUGCACAGGGGAGGUGAGCCCAGGCCCCAGAUGCCGUGUGAGGGGGCUGCCCUGCAGCGUGCAGGAGCCGGGCAGGGAGGGGGGGGGCAUUGCUCUGAACCCCCUUAUGCUCCGGGGUGCUAGGGAGGCCCCUCUCGCCUGGAGCAACCCAGGGAAGAGCAGCAGCGGCUGGUGGCACCCACCCCUCGCUCCCUGCAGCGCAGCGGGUGCCUGGCUGCAGGAAUGUGCUGCCCCCACAGGGAGCUGCUGCAGGCAGGGGGGCACAUGCUGCCCAGGAGGGGAAGGGGGGGACCCGAGCAGCCCGCAGCGCACACAGGGGAGGCAGCAUGGCCAUCGUGGCACUUUUAGGAAGGGGCCUGGUGGUGGCUCAGUGUCGAGGAGACAGGGAGGGUAGUGCCACACACGCCAGGUUUCAGCGUGGUUCACGGCCCUCUCCAGCCAGGUCCGCAUGCAGCCCGCAAGCAAAGCCCCUUCCCAAGGAGAGGCAGGCAGAGCCGCCUUCGAGGAGUGUCGGGGGGGUGAACAGCAGCAGCACUGCACCCUUGAUCAGCACCUCCGUCCUGCCAGAGCGGCCGCCAGCGCCUGGUGGCCAUGGCUGUCCGGCUGCAUGCGCCUCCUCCCAGCCCCUGCUGUGGCUCUUUCGGGGAAGGAAAGCCCCUGGCAGUUCCUCACCCACCUGGCAAACUGUUAGUGAAAAAAUGCAUGCCCUGGCACUGUAGAGUAGAGGAGUUUACCGGGCCGCAGCUGGCUCGCAGCUCUGGAGCAGACCCGUGCGCGCCCGCUGCGGAGCCACGUCCUGAGCCCGGCAGGGUCUGUGGGCGCACGCUGUGCAGCACCCAUCCUGCCACGACCGCGGCUGCACCCUGUGGGCUUCCUCAUUGCAUGUGGGUGUAGGGGUUUAAUUUUAGCUCACUUGAUACGGGGCAGAAGGAAGGGGGCAAGCAGGCAGUGACAGGAGCUGCCAGCAGCACUGUGACAGAUGAGGGCAAGAGGACAUGGGAGCCAUUUUCAGCCUCUCUGCGGCUGCUCCUCCCUCCCCUGGCCCCCGGCCCCGGCAGCCAGGGCAGCUGGAGCAGGCAGCCCCCAGAGCGAAGCAGGGGCUCUCUCAGUACGCAGGUCUGCAAACACAGCCUGGCCUGCACAGGCAGCUGCUGUUUGCUCAGAGGUGGAACUGUGGCACUAGUCAGUGUUUUUAUGUAAAUAAAUAACAGACCCUGAA